AUGGACGGCGGCGACCGCGCGGUCCGCGGCGGGCGCGCGUUCGCGGGGACCGUCGUCGUCGCGUCCCCCGUCGUCGCGUCCACGACGUCGUCGUCGUCGUCCGACGACGACGGCGGCGGCACCCCCGACGACGCGAAGGGACGAGAUCAUUCGUCAGACGCUCUGCGCGGCGGCGUUCGCGAAGAGCGUCGUCCUCGCGCGCCGCGCGCGGAGCCCGCGUCGUGCGCGGCGCCGUCGUCGCCGUCGUCGCCGCCGCCGCAGCCGCGGUCGAUCCUCGUGACCCGCAGCGCGAGGUCGUGGUCUGCCGCGGGCGCGGGCGCGGCGGGACCGACGCACGCGCAGCUCGCGUCCAUCUGGCACGCCCACGGCGACCGACUCGUCGCGCUGGACGAGCGAAGGCCGAGCCCGGACGUCACGCCGCUCGCGACGCCGGACGUGAGCAAGUACGGCGCGGACGACGCGUGGCUGUUCAUCCGCGACAACGCCGCCGGCGCGUCCGACGACGGGGGACGGGGAGGAAGCGCGAGCGGCGGCGGACGCAUGCGAAGGUCGUCCUCGGUCACGUUCACGGAGGACGAAAACUUUGAGGUGCACGACAUCGGCAGCGUCCGCGACUUGCGCAGAGAGAAGGGGAUAAAAAAGAGCGGCUCGUUAUCCUCCCUCACGGAAGCGCUCGCGGCGAGCUUCAAGCACCUGAGCUACAAGUUUUCGAAGAAGGACGAGGAGACGAAGGCGGAUAACCGGGUCGCGAAGGCGCGGUUGAAGCAGUCGCGCGGUUUCAUGUGCGACAACAUCGACCACGCGCGGUCGAUGAACGGGGACAAACCCGCGUGGGUGACGCGAGAGGAGAGCGUUCGGGGCGGGACGAAGCUCCUGAGGGUCGCGUCGACGCCGCAGUUGUCCGAGUCGUACGCGACGACGUCCGCGCCGAGAGGAAGCGGCGGCGCGGACGGGGGGGGAGGCGAGGAAAGGGGGAGCGACGGAUGCGACGACGACGGAGAGGGGGCGGUCGUCGCCGUCGAGCGAUGA